GUCAGCUAGCUAGUUAGUUCGUCGCUGUUCAGUGUUGUCAUCUCCAAACAUGUCCAUCAUGCUCAAAGAAGAUAUUUUUGUAUUUUAUCCCGGGUUUUGAAUUCCGUCACGAUGAGCGGCCUUUGUAGAGAAGUCAUCACUCUUCAGUUGGGACAUUAUUCAAACUUUGUGGGGACUCACUGGUGGAAUUUACAGGAUGCCUCUUUAUCAUACGACCCAGAGACGCCGCAGGGUGAGAUCCAGAGCGAUGUUGUGUUUCGUGAAGGGCAGACUCUGGGCGGACACGUCACCUACACACCUCGCCUCAUUGCCAUGGAUCUCAAAGGAAGUCUCCGGACUCUGCGGCAGGAGGGAAGUCUGUAUGAUGCAGGCAAAGACACGUCUGCUGUCACAUGGGAGGGAAGCCUCAUGAUGCAUAAAGAAAGUCCUCCUGCAAAGAACUCCUUUCUUGAAGAUCUGGACAAGUUGGAUAAGGGAGACAUUCUUGCUGAGGCUGAUUUCUCCUCCAGCUCCCAACCUCAGUGCUCAGCUGCAGGUUCGGUGAGUGUGGAUACGGUGAACAGUCGGCUGGCUCAGGUCCAAAAGGGCUACAGGCUGGAGGGCAGCGUGAAGGUGUGGUCCGACUUCCUCAGGAUUCACCUGCACCCUCGCACCAUCUCCGUCAUCCACCAGUACAACCACGACGGGGAGGCUCAUCGACUGGAGGCUUUCGGCCAGGGAGAGGCUCUCCUGCAGGGGUCGGUGCUCGAGGAGCUGGAGGACAAACUGCACUUCUUUGUAGAAGAGUGUGAUUACCUCCAGGGUUUCCAGGUGUUGUGUGACUUGGCUGAUGGGUUUGCAGGCCUGGGGUCAAAGGUCACAGAGAUGCUACAGGACACUUAUGGCGGGAGAGGCAUUCUCACCUGGGGGCUGGCACCUGUUAGUCACCGGAACUCAACUCCAAUGAAAGACCUCUACCACCUGUUAAACUGCACAUUAGGGACGGUCCACCUGACCAAUCACAGCUCUUUCUUCUGCCCGUUGACUCUGCGUGGAGGUCUGGGCAGACGACCCUCCUCUCCCACAGCCUUCCCUUACCUCAAUUAUGAUCCCUCACUGUGGUACCACUGCAGCUCUGUCCUGGCAUUGGCCCUGGACGCCCUCACUGUGCCAUACAGGCUGAGGAACAACAGUGUCCCCAUGUGGCAGGUGGCAGACACACUGGCUGUUUCAGGGAGAAAGGUGGUGGCUGCUUACGGUGCCGUCCCCUUUCCCAUGAUGCACGGCAGCUCUCUCCCUGACGCCCUGAGUGCCUGCACGGAUGCUCUGCCCUGGAAACCUCUGUCAGCGUGCUCUGAACCAGGCGACGGUCGAUGUUAUGGCCAGUGGGCGAUGCUCAAAGGCUUCGAAGGCCAGAGACUAAUCAGCUCUCUGGCUCCAGGGAUUAAACCACCCACUCCUCUGCACAGCCUCCACAGCGGGGAAGACGUCCUGGCUUCCUACAUCAGAUCUUUCUAUCCUACAGCUCCUCUCGCUCUACAGAUGGUGUCCACUCCCAGCAAGCUGACACCACCUUUCCCUCAGAUUUUCAGCCAGUCCCUCGAUGCUCAGGGAUUCCUGCAGAGCCAAGCUCCUCCUCCUGGCUUGCCGGCCUCUGCGGUUUCCUCUCUACCCGUCUUGACUUCCCUCCAGUCUGGGCCCGCGCUCGGCACGUGGCUGUCCGAGCUGCAUCGCGGCGCCAGCACUUUCGACAUCCGCCGCGUGGCCCCCAGCUUCCUCUCCCAGGGUCCCGAAAUGGGCGACUACCAGGAGGCCCUGGAGCAGCUGCGCCUGCUGGCCCGGUGUUACCGAGACGACAGCGGCGGGGUGAUGCGCUCUUCCUCUGAGGAGGAGGAUGACGAUGAUUGAUGUCUGCUAAGCCUACCUACCUGCUUUGUUUACCAGCCUGCAUGUUCUCAUACAGACGUAGGGGGACAAAGAGGAGCUGUGCCUCUGGUUAAUGAAGGACCAGGACUGAAUUACAUGGAAACAGAGAGGUGAACACUUCUCAAGUUGAAACAGACUGAUAAAACUAAAAACUGCAGAUGAGUGAAGAGGUACAUGUGUAGUAUUCAGUGAGGGGAUGGAUGUAGCAUCAUGCAAAUGUAAGGACAACGGUUACAUUUCUUCAAAUGACUGUUUAUCUGUAAUUAAAUGUAUUUUAUACUAAAUGUACCCUAUAAAAUAUAAAUAGAUGUGGUUUUCACAGUAUUGUUGACAUAAAGCUCUGACAGUUAAUUUUGAUUGACAAGCA